AGCCCUCAUUGUUUCGCGCGCUUUUCUGAUCGGAGAGGGGAGACCAAACUGUGGGACAAGUCAAAGAAGAAGAGGAAGGUGGAGGAGGAGAAGGGAGGGGAAGCAAUGGAAGUCAUACGAUCUCAGAAGCGUUCGUUGUCCAAUGACACUGUUUCCACGAUUCCGCUUUAUCUCACAGCUCCUUCGCUGGAAGUCCGCCUCGAAGAGUUUGAGCUCUUCGCCAUGGAUCGCCUCCGAGUUCUGAAAGCGAUUUCUGAUGGAUUGGCUCGUGGGAGAAACCAUAAGGAAAUGGACGAUCUGGUCGAAUCUCUGUGGAAAGCAAACAUGAGACACUCGGAUGCUUCUCAGAUGGUCAACAAGGAUAUAAUCUCUCAUUUUGUUCUUCGCCUCGCUUAUUGCAGAACAGAGGAGUUGAAGAAAUGGUUUCUUAGCACAGAGACUGCCCUUUUCCGCCACCGUUUCCGAGUUCUUAACUUUGAAGCACAGAGGGCGAUUCUGGGGGAAUUUGGGUUGCCAUAUAAGGCAGUCACUGGCACAGAACUUGAGAGUGUGAAGGAGAGGUUGGGGCAAGUCGUUCGUUCGUUAGGUCAGAUUUCACCUAAUGUUGAGACCAUAUACUACAAGGUUCCUUUUGAAGAGGUUCCGGACCUUGUGGCAAGUCGAAGAGUAUAUAUACAUAAAGGUUUUGCCUUUGUAGCUGGGAGUCAGUUGGUUUCCCUUGUAGUCACACAAUUUCGCUCUAAUUUAUCGAAGGCCCUCAUUCUGACAAACAGAAAAUGGACAUCUACCAUCAGAGAACGAGAAAAAGACCGGCUAACUCCUAUAGUAGAAGCACUAUUCACAAGCUACUUGGGUCAUGACUAUUCUCAGUCAAACGAGUACGCUGACAUAACACUUAAGGACAUUGAUCAAGUUGCCAAGAGUGCUUUUCCGCUGUGUAUGCGUCAUCUAUUUGAAAAGCUUCGAGAAGAUCACCAUCUAAAACAUGGAGGAAGGAUGCAAUUGGGCCUCUUUCUUAAGGGUGUGGGCUUGAAGCUGGAUGAUGCCUUGGCAUUUUGGAGGGCAGAGUUUACACAAAAGGUUGGCGCUGAGAAGUUCGAGAAACAGUAUGCGUAUUCCAUUCGUCAUAACUAUGGGAAAGCAGGCAAGAGAACGGAUUAUACUCCUUAUGCUUGUCAAAAGAUCAUUUCAUCUGCUCCUGGUGUUGGGGAUCAUCAUGGCUGUCCUUAUCGGCAUUUCAGCGAGGAAAACCUGAGAGCGGCAAUUGGUAGAAUGGGAUUGAGUUCUCGCGCAACAGAAGAUGUAAUGGACAAAGUCCGGAACAGACACUAUCAGCUCGCAUGCACAUUGACUUUCGAAGCCGUGUAUGGCACGUCGUGUGAUGCUGGGAUCAACCAUCCGAACCAGUAUUUCGACGAGAGCCAGAAGGUUUUGAAAUCCAAAGAAGUAGCCACUUAAAGGUGUGUUAAUGGAAUGGUGCAUCAAAUUAAUUGGUGACUUUGGGGUUUUGUCAGAAUAUAGUAAUUAGUGUAACCAAAAACUGCAAAUGAUGAAAGCAACUGUGGGGGGGUGUGGUGGUUCACCGCCCCCUCUUCCAUGCCUCACCAUGAAGUAUGAAUCCAUUGGUCACUCAAUGAUGAUUCACUCUCUAUUUUUAGGUUUUUUUGGGAUUUGACCACUCAAUAUAAUAUUUGUUUAUUAUUUAUUUUUUCCUACCAAUUAUUUUCUGUUUCUGUCGGGGUUUGGACCACCUUUCUUUGAAUGUCGUGUCGAGCUGACAAAACUCGUGAUGUCUCUUUCUUUCUUUUGUUUUUUUAAAAAUAUUUUCUUCUUAAUCUGUGCAAAUUUACUUUCUUUGUCGUUUA